UGAAAAAUCGAAAACAAUCGUCAAAAUUGAAAAGAGCAACAAACUCGCACAAACUUCUUUAUAACGACUCACCAAACAUACGGCACAGCAGGAAGUUGGAUUUAAGCGUAAGAAAAACCAUCCCCACCUUGCCUCCUGUCGGCACCCACCGCACCCCACUGCAUUUUAGACUGACGAGGAAGAAGGUAAAUUGAAUCAAACUCUAGUCAAAUGCAAUAGUGAAUAUGGAAAAUUCAACUCAAAUGUUAGUCCAAGAUCGUGCAAAACCCAAAAAUAAUCAACCCAGAGGCAGACCAGUUUUAGCUUCGAAUCGAUUUUCUGAGCCCAAGAAUCUUGAUUUUUCCGCAUGGGUUUCGGAAAAUCUGUACAAAAUCCUCACAAUCUUUCUACUUAUAACCACCGUGGCUGCCCUUUUCUUCCUCCGUAAUUAUGGCGCAGCAGGCGGUGAUACUGCCGCUCUCCUCUGCCUCCAGUCUACUCAGUCUCAGUCGAUUCGCCCCAAGUUCCCAGUUAUCAAUUGGAAAUCCAUUCCUCGCAUUGUUGAUAAAAUCACUCCUUAUGCGAAUUUCCGAUCCGAUAAAUGGAUCGUAGUAUCUGUCUCCGAUCAACCCUCUGAUUCGCUGCGGAAACUGAAUAGUAUUAAAGGUUGGCAAGUGCUUGCGGUGGGAAAUUCCAAAACCCCAAAAGACUGGAGUCUCAAAGGUGCUAUUUAUUUAUCUUUAGAAGUUCAAGCUCAAUUGGGAUUCAGAGUUGUUGAUUAUUUGCCAUAUGAUUCAUAUGUGAGAAAAAAUGUUGGAUAUUUAUUUGCAAUGCAACAUGGUGCAAAAAAGAUCUAUGAUGUUGAUGAUCGAGGAGAUUUAAUUGAUAAUGAUAUUGGGAAACAUUUUGAUGUUGAAUUGAUUGGUAAAGGUGCUAGGCAAGAAGUUAUUUUGCAGUAUAGUCAUGAAAAUCCUAACAGGACUGUUGUGAACCCUUAUAUACAUUUUGGCCAGCGGUCUAUUUGGCCACGGGGGUUGCCCUUGGAAAAUGUAGGGGAGAUUGGGCACAAUGAGUUUUACACGGAGGUUUUUGGUGGGAGACAGUUUAUACAACAAGGGAUUUCAAAUGGGCUACCAGAUGUGGAUUCGGUUUUUUACUUUACUCGGAAACCAGUGUUGGAAGCAUUUGAUAUUAGAUUUGAUGAGCAUGCCCCGAAAGUGGCAUUGCCACAGGGUAUGAUGGUACCUGUUAAUUCAUUCAAUACUAUUUUCCAUUCAUCUGCUUUUUGGGGUUUGAUGCUUCCGGUUUCGGUUAGUUCGAUGGCUUCUGAUGUGUUGAGAGGGUAUUGGGCACAAAGGCUUCUGUGGGAAGUCGGUGGGUAUGUUGUGGUGUAUCCUCCUACUGUUCAUCGGUAUGAUAGGAUUGAAGCAUACCCUUUUUCAGAAGAGAAAGAUCUUCACGUGAAUGUAGGCCGGUUAAUCAAUUUCUUGGUGGGAUGGAGAUCAAAUAAGCACAGGUUAUUUGAGAAAAUUCUUGAACUAAGUUAUGUGAUGGCCGAAGAAGGAUUUUGGAUGGGAAAAGACGUGCAGUUUACUGCUGCUUGGCUUCAAGAUUUGCUUGCUGUUGGUUACCAACAGCCUCGGCUGAUGUCUCUCGAGUUGGAUAGGCCGAGAGCAAAUAUUGGCCAUGGAGAUAGGAAGGAGUUUGUCCCUCAGAAACUACCGUCUGUGCAUCUUGGUGUAGAGGAAAUUGGAACUGUGAAUUUUGAAAUUGCGAAUUUGAUACACUGGAGGAAGACUUUCGGGAAUGUAGUGCUUAUAAUGUUCUGCAGUGGACCUGUUGAACGAACUGCUUUGGAGUGGAGAUUGCUAUAUGGCAGGAUAUUUAAGACAGUUAUCAUACUCUCUGGGCAGAAAAAUGUAGAUCUUGCUGUGGAAGAAGGCCAGUUGGACCAUGCUUACAAGUAUCUGCCAAAAUUAUUUGAUAGAUAUACCAGUGCAGAAGGAUUUUUAUUUCUUAAGGAUGAUACUAUUCUUAAUUAUUGGAACUUGUUGCAAGCGGAUAAGACUAAACUCUGGAUCACAAACAAGGUAUCCGAGUCUUGGACCAGCGUUUCAAUUUCUGGGAACUCCGAUUGGUUUGUGAAGCAAGCGGACAUGGUGAAAAAAGUAGUUGCCACAAUGCCAGUUCACCUUCAAGUCAAUUACAGAGAAACUGUAAAAGACCACAAGAGUCUCGCAAUAUGCAAUUCUGAGAUAUUCUAUGUUCCUCGCCAUUUAGUAGCUGACUUUAUCGAUCUUGUUAACCUAGUUGGAGAUCUAGAUAUCCAUCACAAGGUUGCGAUACCAAUGUUUUUUUCGGCAAUCGCCUUACCUCAGAAUUUCGACCCCGUGUUUAGUUCCAUGGAAUAUAAGCAAAAUAUACCAAGUAACUCUACAUCAUUUUAUUCUGCUGAAGUUCCUGCUGUUCACCCUUGGAACGUGUCGAGCGAGCAAGAUUUUAUUAAGCUAAUAAGAAUAAUGGCAGCAGGAGAUCCUCUCUUAAUGGAGUUGGUCUGAUGGCAAAAACAAAAACAUUUUCGAGUCUAAAUGCCUCGAAGAGGAGUGGGGUGCGGUGAAAUACAUGUACAUCCUGUAUUGACGAAAUAUACUGCAGUUUUAGGUACUAUUCUUUGAGGAAGAGGUUCCUUUGUAGAGUGUUUUUUCGUAAUAUUAUUUCUUGUUGUAGAUUUACUUGCACAGUAACAAACUUUGUAAGAACUCGUAUUCUUUUCGGUAUUUCAAUUUGCUUCUAGGAACAUAAGAUUUUUUCAUUGACGCUGUAAUUUGUACAUUUAUAUUACACUUAAAACUUCAUACCAUAGCAGCUGUUUGCAGAAGUUUGUAUU